AUGUGUGAAAUCGUUUGCAACACGGUGCAGGAUGUUCCCAGAGUCCAGCUUCGAUGCUCCCAGUUCAGCUCCGAUGUGGUCUUCAAACGCGAAACCAAUGGAUCGAAUGGGGAUGGAAUGCCUGCCCUUGUGAAUGCCCGGCUCUGCUUCCAGGCGGUGGGAGCUGAAGCGGAAAAGUACUACAAGGCAUUCGCUCCGGAGCCCGGCGAGUGGAUGAUCGUGAAGGAUGCUGAAGAUGCCAAUCUGCCUGAGUGGAAACCCGUCUUUUUGUAUUGGGACGGCUUUGCCCGCUGGGUGGUGUCACCCUUCCGGGGUGAGCCAGCGCCAUAUGGCUUGAAGACCGACCAGAAUCAGGGAUUGUUCCUUUAUGUGCGAGACAGUGCUUCGUCCCCCGAUCGCAUCAAGAAGGGCAUUUUCAUGAAAUGGCACGUGGAGGCGGGUGUCGCGGAGUGGAAAGAGGAUCCCAGUAUCACGGUCAUCUCCAAAUUCAAUUGGAAGUCCUUCGGCUCUUCCAAGGGCCAGCAGCUAGCAACCCAUGCCAAGACAGUGGAUCAAAGUGGACAGUCCAGCACCUUUGGCAAGAUCUUCAAUGCUUUGAUGUUCGUGUUUGUGUCCACCAGCAGCAAGAAGACCUUGCCCGAGAUCAAGGAUGGUCUCAUCGGACUGGAAGGCCGCAACAUCAUCUUCGCGUGGAAAGAUUUGUAUCAAGAGUCACUCGCUCCCUUUCGAAGCUUCCUCCUUGAGGAAUUUGGCAGCUACCAUGCAGCCUGGGUCUUCUUAUGUCGCAACUGCACCAUUUCCAAGAGCAGAUGUGUGCGCAACUUGGCAAGAAUGCUGAAACGUUGCCAUGAGGAAACCCAAGCAGCUCUGAAGGCCCGUGCUCAAGCCGCUGGCAAAGGAAAGAAGAAGUUCCAACGCGAUCGUUCCAUGAGAGAGGGAAUAAGUCAGGGCCAUGUGCAAGAGAAAAGGUCCAUGAUGGACCAUGAUGAGAGGAAAAAGAAGGCAAACCUGUUUUUGAGCAUGUUAGGAAAGGCCAUGGUGGAGAAGGCAAGUCCUGUGAAGGAGGAAUCAAAUGAGGAGAAGGCACUAGAGCGCAUGCAAGAAUAUUUGCAUGCUCGUGUUGCAGGAGGUAGUCUGGAAGCGAUUUGCCAAGAGCUCCUCAACCAGCUGGACCACAAUGAGAAUGGGAACCUAGAGGUGCACGAAAUUCUAUCCCUGGAAAAGAUGCUCGAGGACUGUUUGCACAUGCCCAGCGGGUCCGGUGCCGCCUGUGCGGCCGUGCCGGGUUGGUUUGAGUGGAAGGAGAAGCUCGGCAACAAAGAGAUGAAGGAAUUUCUCAGCUUUCUCAAAGUGCAUCCCAGAUGGAGCAACGUGGAGCACUUUUGGUCAGAUCUUAGUGAGGGUUUUGAGAUCAGCAAAGAGGAGUUCGUGAGGGAUUCCAGACUGCUUCUAUUGCGAUUUACCAACCAGCAGAUGAUCAAGGGUGCCAUGCCAGACGUGUCCAUCGAGUCCAGGGUAGAACUCAUUUUCUCUCAAUUGGAUGUGCAAAUGAGUGGUGGCGUUGGCCUCAAGGAGUUGAUUCCCAUGUCGGGUGAAGGCCUGGCAGAUGUUCAAUCCAACUUGGCCAAGUUCAAGAUACCCCUGGACUACUUGAAGGAGAUCCGCAUUGAAGGAGACGCACAUGACGACCGCCCUUACCUACGCUUCCAGGUUCAUCCCGACUUCGAGAGCAGUCCAGAGUGGAGAUCAUUGAAGAUGGGGCUUUCUCCAGACUGGGAGCCCAACCAGGGCUUGGAGUAUUUGCGCGUGGGCAUGGCGCCACACCACCUGGACGUGUGGAAGAGGGUGAUUCUUGACUGGGGCAUGGACGACUCUGUUGUUCAAGAAUCUAUUCGUUUCUACCAGGGUAGAACCAUUUCACAUCCGACCAUUGAUGGGGUUCACAUGCGUUCCGGGAAGGGGGUGCAGCGCUGGCCAGAUGGCAAGAUGUACUGCGGAUAUUGGGAUGAUCACCUUUACAACGGCGAAGGCAGUCUCUUUAACGACUACCAGGACAUGACCCGGGGUGUGAAUCCAAUCUACAAGGGUGAAUGGCAGAGGGGCAAGCGCCAUGGUUGGGGCGUCUUUCGGUGGGAGCAAGGCGCUCCUGAAGGAAACCCUCAUGGUGCAGGCCAGUCGUCUGAGGUGUUCAAGGUCUACGAAGGUGAGUUUGUCAACGACUUGUUCAACGGCCAGGGGAGCAUGAAAGUGGAGAACGCCCCAUUCGUGACGACCACACAGCACCAAGGUGUUGGCCCAGGAUGCGUUCCUUUGCCCUGCCUCGAUCCAGUCUCGAUCAUGAGCUUUGAAGGCACCUGGGCCUCAGAUUGGUACCAGGCCGAUGAAGAGGCUAGAGCUUCUAGCAGUCUCUACGACCACUUGCACCCCAAAGAGGAAGAAGCCCCUCGCCACGAGAAAACGGCAAAACUUCACUUGAAUCUUCACAACAUCAAAUCAACUCAGAGCAAAGAUCCGAAGUUCCUCAGGUACUUCUCCGCCGAUUCUUUGGGCGUGCAGCGUGCAGGGAAGCCUUUGCCCGAUCUGGCCUUGGCCUACUAUCAGCAGCAGGGGUGUGAUGCGAAGCACAUGACGAAAGGGCGAGCAUUGUACGCUGAUUUCACCGUAUACAUUGGAGACUAUGCAUGUGGUGUGCCUGAUGGCAGUGGAGAGAUGACACAGUAUGAGUACAAUGGAACAAAAGGAAAGCCGUUGGCGCACUACAAGGGCUACUGGAAGAAUGGCCAGUUUCAUGGAGCUGGCAGGUACCAGACAGCAGAUGGCUUGACUUAUGACGGCCAAUUUGUGGAAAACCUACGCCAUGGCUUUGGAGUAGAAGAGGUCAGCAAGGACUUGGCGCUGAAGUUGGGUUAUGGUAAGUAUGAGGGAGAAUGGAAGAAUGGAGUGUUCCAUGGCCAGGGAAGGCUCACCUCUGCUGAUGGCCGGGUUUUUGAAGGUCACUUUGUGGAGGGCCAGCGGCAAGCGGGCGGUCGUGAGCUCAAGCCGGAGACGAAGGGAUUGCCCAACCUCUUCGGCAGUAUGUUGAAAAAGCCUAAGGUGGAUGGUGAGGAUGUCCUCCAUGCGCCUGAUGAGCUACGAUUUCUGCAUGAAACCAUUGGGCAGCUGAGGCAUCGGCCUCGCUCGGCGCCAGAGCCACCCAGCGAUCUGGAAGAUGUGAUCAUCAAGGGUGGCACGGGCGAGAAUGAGGUCAUGAACGGUGUUUACUUCCGGCUGACGCACACCUUUGGCCAUCGUGUGUUCAAGAUGGUCAAGAAGGUCGGCAUCUUCCAGAGCGUGGUGAGGUACUUAUACCUGGACGAUGCCAGUGAAUCUUGGGUCAUCUCGGCCCAGCCGCUGUCGGGCAUUUGCUCGGCCUCCGGCUGUGCGUUCGUGCCGGAGGAUGCGAAGCAUCCCUCGCUGGUGACAAAGCCCUGGUAUGUUUGGCAUGGAUUCUCCAAGACGUUGCGGGUCGUUGGGGAAGAGUGCGAGGAAGAGGAAGAUGAGAGACAGACUUUCAGCUUGGGAAGCCUAAGGGGUACACCGAGCCCUGUUGAUCUGCUUGAAGCCAAGAGCAUCAUCGGAUUCCAGCUGACUGGACAUGCGGAUGGAGAGGUCGUGCUUGGAAUGAUGCGGAGGAUUCCAAUGAUUCAGUUUGGUCGCCCAGUCUAUGCGCACCAAUCUGGUGGACAGUAUCUCUAUUUCCACCGGAAAGGUUCCACAAACAAGUGGGACGGUGCUUUCCAAGAAGAGUUGGGUCCGGGGAUCGAUCCCAAGCCCAAGCUCUAUGAGGACAGAGGCUACUGGAUCUUUGCAGCAGAACUUGGGAACCUUCCCGAGUCGCCCGGCUGCCAUGGCUUCGUGGAGGACAAUGCAGUGACACCAGAUCAGAUCUCCGGCACUUGGAAGGUCAAAGUCGCCGACCAGAUGCAGAGGAGCCCUGCGUUGAAAUUGGUGCCACGAGAAUGGAGUGACGAGCAUUUGUUGCAUGACACAGGCACUAGCGGAGCAGCCCGAACAAUGGUCCGCUCGUAG